AUGCGGAUGUUCCACCACAGCGUACUGUUCAGAUCGAGCGUAUCAAUCAGCAAGUUUGAACCCGAAAAGACCUUGCCUUACGAAAAGAUCCAGGCCAAUGUUGAUGUUGUUCGUCAACGUCUCAACCGCCCUUUGACUUUGUCAGAGAAGAUUGUAUAUGGCCAUUUGGAAGACCCAAAAGGCCAAGAAAUUGAACGUGGAGUUAGCUACCUCCGUUUGAGACCUGAUCGUGUGGCCAUGCAAGACGCCACUGCCCAGAUGGCUAUGUUGCAAUUCAUCUCAUCUGGCCUACCACAAGUUGCCGUUCCAUCUACAAUCCAUUGUGAUCAUUUGAUCGAAGCUCAGGUUGGCAGCAAGAAGGAUACGGAAAGAGCCAAGGAUUUGAAUAAGGAGGUCUACGAAUUCUUGAGCUCAGCUGGAAACAAGUACGGAGUCGGAUUCUGGAAGCCAGGCAGCGGUAUCAUUCAUCAGAUCAUUUUGGAGAACUACGCUUUCCCUGGUCUGCUUCUAAUCGGUACCGACUCUCACACCCCCAACGGUGGAGGUCUUGGUGGGGUUUGCAUUGGAGUUGGUGGAGCUGAUGCCGUCGAUGUGAUGGCCAACAUCCCAUGGGAACUGAAGUGUCCCAAGGUCAUUGGAGUUAAGUUGACUGGCAAGUUGUCUGGCUGGACCUCCUCCAAGGAUGUUAUUUUGAAGGUCGCCGACAUUCUGACCGUAAAGGGAGGUACUGGAGCUAUUGUUGAAUACUUUGGCCCUGGAGUCGAGUCGCUGUCAUGUACUGGAAUGGGUACUAUCUGCAACAUGGGUGCCGAAAUUGGUGCUACUACCUCUGUUUUCCCUUACACUGAUUCCAUGGGAGAAUACCUGAAGGCUACUGGAAGAGAAGGAAUUGCUUCUGAAGCCAAUAAAUAUAGAAGUCUGUUGACGCCCGAUGAAGGGUGUCAUUAUGAUCAAGUAGGUUUUCAAAAUGUAGUGUUUAUUAAGGUUUUUGGUAUCUAAACAUUGUUUUUUAGCACUAAUAUGUUGUUUUAGGUUAUCGAGAUCAACUUGGACACUUUGAUCCCUCAUGUCAACGGUCCAUUUACUCCAGAUCUUGCUAGUCCAAUUGACAAGCUCGGCCAAAACGCCAAAGACCAUGGAUGGCCAAACGAAAUCAAGGUUGGUCUGAUUGGAUCAUGUACCAACUCUUCAUACGAAGAUAUGGCUCGUUCUGCCUCAAUCGCUCAACAAGUAAGUGUUUAUCCUUUUUUGUUUUAUUUUAGGUAAUGCCUUUGAUCAUGUUUAGUAAAGGAUUUGUUUCACAUCUAAAACAAUGUUUUUAGGCUCUUGACAAGGGUAUCAAAGCCAAGUCCGGCUUCACAAUUACUCCCGGGUCAGAACAAGUCCGUGCCACCAUCACCCGUGAUGGUUUCACCGAGAUCUUCGAGAAAAUUGGUGGUGUUGUCUUGGCCAACGCUUGCGGCCCAUGUAUUGGUCAAUGGGAUCGUAAAGAUGUGAAGAAGGGAGACAAGAACACCAUCGUCACCUCGUACAACAGAAACUUUACCGGCAGAAACGACGCCAACCCAGCUACCCACGGCUUCGUCACUUCUCCAGAACUCGUCACUGCUUUGGUUUUGGCCGGCAGACUCGACUUUGACCCAAGAAACGACGAAUUAACCGCUUCUGAUGGAUCCAAGUUCAAGUUGAACCCUCCAAGUGGAGACUGUCUUCCCAGCAAGGGAUACGACCCAGGAGAGGACACUUACCAAGCCCCCAACAAGUCUGGUGAUGUUGUUGUAGACUCCAAAUCUCAACGUCUCCAACUUUUGGAGCCAUUCAAGGCUUGGGAUGGUCACGACUUGGAAGACUUGACCAUCUUGAUCAAGGUCAAAGGAAAGUGUACCACUGACCACAUCUCUGCCGCUGGACCAUGGCUCAAGUACAGAGGACACUUGGACAACAUCUCCAACAACUUGUUCUUGACCGCUGUCAACUCGGAGAACGGAGAAAUGAACAAGGUAAGUUUUUUACGUUCUUACAUGUUUAGGUAUUAAAACCGAAAGGUUUUGAAAAAAUACUUUGAAAUCAACUUUUCUCGACAGCUCGACGUAUAUUGUUUUAAACAUUGAAUUUUUUAGGUCAAGAACGUUACCACCGGCGAAUAUGGAGCUGUCCCAGACACCGCCAGAGACUACAAAGCCAAGGACAUCCAAUGGGUGGCCAUCGGAGACGAAAACUACGGUGAAGGAUCCUCUCGCGAACAUGCUGCUUUGGAACCCCGCCAUCUUGGAGGUCGUGCUAUAAUUGUCAAGAGUUUCGCUCGUAUUCACGGUAAGUGAUGUAUUACAUUGUUUUAUAGUUAUAUCUUUGUGUUUGUGUAGCCACUUUUUGAACAAACUGUCAUUUUGUACAUUAUGUUACCUUUAUUUUUUUCAGAAACCAACUUGAAGAAACAAGGUAUGCUCCCACUCACAUUUGCCAACUCCGCCGACUACGACAAGGUGAAACCCGAUGACAAGGUCUCGAUCAAGGGCCUCAAGUCAUUCGCUCCAGGACAACCACUGACUUUGGUGCUGAAACAUUCGGACGGCUCAAGCGAAGAGAUCAAGCUCAACCACACCUUCAACGAACAACAAAUCGAAUGGUUCAAGGCUGGAUCAGCCCUGAACCGCAUGAAACAACUCAUGAAAUAA